UGAGACCGAGAUAGCACCGGCCAUAGGAUCGAGCGCCCUGACCUCUUCACGCAGCAUGCAGCAACCUAUUCUCGGAGAUGACGCCGGAUCAGAUAUCGGCCGUCCAUGGAGGCACGGAACAGAAGCAUCGAAUCGAAUCGUGGAAAUGCAGUUCAGCCAUUCAGGAAGCAAAUCCGGGAGGGAGAGAAAUAAAAAUGCCUGCUUUUUUUCACCACCAUGCGUCAGGGAACAACGAUGCUCACAUUGAGCGGAGGCGAGGAGGGGAGCAUGUGGACGGUCGACGGAGCAGCAUCGCCGAGCUUGCCGCCGCCAGGUAGCGCUGCUGCGCUCGCAUAAGUAGAGCAGAGGACCGAGAGGAGCCAACGGCGAGUCCACGAGCGAGCGACCCGAAGCGGACCAGGCCAGGAAAGCCGGAGGGAGGCGGCGGCAUGUCGUGGCAGGCGUACGUGGACGACCACAUGCUCUGCGACAUCGAUGGCCAGCGCCUCACCGCCGCCGCCGCCAUCCUCGGCCAUGACGGCGCCGAAUGGGCCCAGUCCGACGCCGUCCCGCAGGUGAAACCUGAAGAAAUCACUGCAAUAAUGAAUGAUUUCAAUGAACCAGGCUCUCUAGCACCCACUGGUUUAUACCUGGGGGGUAGCAAAUACAUGGUUAUCCAAGGUGAACCUGGAGCUGUCAUUCGAGGGAAGAAGGGACCAGGUGGGGUUACAAUCAAGAAGACCAAUAUGGCUAUCAUCAUAGGUAUCUAUGAGGAACCAAUGACUCCUGGCCAGUGCAACAUGGUUGUGGAGAGGCUUGGUGACUACCUUGUUGAUCAGGGCUUUUGAACCUGAAAUCUGUAUGUAAUUUGUUGCAGCCCGGCGCGUCAGCGUACCAUGCCUCUUAAAUCCAGCAAGCAGAACGAAUCGCAUGGCAUCCUUUUCUGGACGGAGUUACAAGAAUCGCGUCACUCCCUGGGUGGGAGCCUGAGCCCUGGCGCCUCGCUGAGCAUUCCUUUAUGUGGCAGCCAGCGGGCACGUUUUGGAUCCGAAACAGGGCGUGAAAUUACGUGCCCUGAGAGUGAGAGGGACUGAACCUCGUGCCUUGGAAUAAAUUCCCUCACUGGAUGGGAAAGCAGUAUCUGAGGCGGCCACAGCCUGACAUUCCCAGAGCCAAUUGUGACGUCCUGAUCAUUCAGAAACAGUGAACAGACCGUUCAGAGAAACAGUGAACAGAUUGUCAGCUCCUCUCUCUCCAUUGCUUCUUUAGUUCUUUGUAUGAAACUACUGUUUUUUUUCCCCAGUGAUUAUGUAGCUCAAUGGCAGCCGCAACGCAUCUCAUUUGAAAUCUGACAUGUGGACAACCAACUAUAGCAUUGAGACAUCAGCCAGAUGUUGUUCUAGAAAUCGAGGACUUUCCUCCUUUUG